ACUACACAUUUGGACAUUACACUCCUGCAAACACGCACAGAGAUGAGCUCUUCUUUUAAACUGAAAACACUGAAUUUCAUGAGCUGGAUUUGAGAAACCUUGUACCCUUGCUCCAUAUGAGGAAGAAAAUCUUGAAAGCAGCUUGCUUCCUCUUGAGUCUGCUAUCAAGUUUUAAUCUCUGUUGUGGGAAAUUUGGAACACCAAUAACUGAUGACGUGAGCAAGCUGUCAGUUUUGAAACAGAAUAUCCCGUCCGAUUAUGAAAUUCCUGUUAGUUACAUUCCCAAAGAAGUGGCUGGCACGUGUUGGGUGGUGUUAAAUAUCUACCCUUUGGAGCAAAGCCUUCGAAAGCUGGCCAACAUGUUUGGUGCUAUCUCCUCCAACAAAGAUAACAUUAUUGUCUUCCUUGCCAUGGUCAAGAGUUUACGCUUUACCUUUGACCAUGAGGAACUGGAAACAGCAAUGCAGGUCUUCCAGUGUCACUAUCAGGAAGGGAACCUUCUCUCUGGUCUUUACUUUGACUACAUUAAAGAUGUCUUACAUGCUGCUGCUCAAGGAACAUCAGGCUUCUCCUGUAAACCACCGCCAUGCUUAAACCAUACACCAGAGGGUCAGGAGAAGAGUCGUGGAUACAGCUGGUCUACGAGAACUCCCUUGCUUUUGGUGCUUAUCCCCUUCACUGCCUGUGUUUUACUUGUUGUGUGGCAGGUCAAGACUGAAAGGCGUUUACCAGUGUGCAACACUGUAAAUGACCAAAUUGCAACUCCUGACAUGGUCCCAACUGUGUCUGUCUCUAUUCCACUUCAAACACUCGCCCACGCCACUGACACUCAGCCAGCGGGGGAGGCAAUUGCUCAACAUGAAAGUGGAUGAAGCGUGAUUAACAAAGGAGGGAAAAUUGGACAGAAUGAUAACAACUCACUUUCCAGGUUGUUAUAUCAUUGGAAGGGGCCUGCUGGAUAAAUUAGUCUGGUUUGACAAUUCCCUGCUUUCGCUCAACCGAGUUGCAUGCGCCAGAGCUACUGGAUAAAAAGAAAAAGCAGGUGUGUUGCAGAAUUUCACAGACUCAUUAGUGGAGGCAGGAGCUUGCUGAUCAGUAGCUGGUUGUGCCAAAAUAGCUGGCAAAGUAAAUAUAUUAUCUCGUCUUGGCUGAUGAAUUACAGCAUUUAGCCUUUUCUGAGAAGUUCAAAUCUUUCUUUCCACUCUGAUGUCGUUCAGGAUUGUUGUCGUGCUUCAGUUUGGAGCUGCAGUGAAAAAUAUCAGUCAAAUCAAAGUGAUACCACGCUGUUUGGACAACCUUUUCUUUAUUUUGAGAUGGGACUGGCGCCAUCAACUUAUUGGCUGCAUCAUGGUAUUUUUGGGGACA